AUGGAAAUCCCACAGAGUCUGAAGGUAGAAGACACACAACUUGUCUGCAGACUAAGGAAGUCUUUGUAUGGCCUCAAACAGGCUAGUAGACAGUGGUAUGACAAGCUGACAGAGUCCCUGUAUUCUAGAGGUUUCAGACAUUCAACCAAUGAUUACUCCUUGUUCUACAAAAAACAAGGUGAGUCAUCAGUUUUUGUAGUUGUAUAUGUUGAUGAUGUGAUCCUUACUGGGACUAAUCUUGGGGAAAUUAAGGCACUGAAGACUUACUUACAUAAUCAAUUCAAAAUAAAAGACUUAGGCAAGUUACGCCACUUCCUGGGACUAGAGAUGCUUUACAAGGGUGAUGGAGUGUUGAUCUCCCAAAGGAAAUUCACCAUUGACCUACUAAAAGAGUAUGAUUGCCUGGAGUAUUCUGCUAUUUCAUCUCCACUAGAGUCUUCAAUCAAACUGAGGGCCGAAGAGGGUACUCUGCUGUCUGACCCAUCAUAUUAUAGAAAACUAGUUGGGAAACUCAACUUUCUCACAAACACAAGGCUGGAUAUUGCAUACAGUGUACAACACCUAAGUCAAUUUAUGCAGGCACCAAGAGAGCCUCACCUGAAGGAUGCUAUACAUGUACUCAGGUAUCUGAAGAAUGAUCCUACUCUAGGCAUCUUUCUGUCCAAUGAUCCUUCUUACAAGGUCAUAACCUAUUGUGACUCAGAUUGGGUAGCAUACCCUGACUCAAGAAGAUCUAUAAGUGGGUAUCUAGUGCUCUUUAGAGAGUACAGAUCACUGAGAAAGGUGGUUGGAGAGCUGGUAUGGGUGCAAAGAUUGUUGGAGGAAGUCGCAGUUCCAUGUACUGAUCCCAUUCAAGUGUUUUGUGAUAGCCAAGCAGCUGUACACAUUGCUAGGAACCCUGUGUUCCAUGAAAGUACAAAGCACAGCUCUAGCAUUUUAACAAAGGCUCUCACAGGAAUUAAACAUUCAGAUCUUCUAGACAAGCUGCCAGUGCGUUCCUCACCUCCAACUUGA